AUGGAAACUAAGUGCAGAAACUCGGUGCGUGUAAGUGUGGUGACAUUCUGUUUGAGGGUAGUGGAAAGAGACUACAGCACCAUCAGGCUUGCACUGUCUCUUCAUACUCGUUGGAUCAGCUGGACAGCUACACCCCUCUGGAGCUUUUUGGCUCAACCAAAAUGUUGUGAAGGAGCCAUCCCGUCUCUUGGUGCAGUCACACGGGUUUAUCUCUUCCUGUUCAGCUUCCUUGUGUUUCUGAGGUACCAGAUCUACUGCAGUUACCCUCUGCAGACACACCUGGAAUAUCCCAUCAUCAUUGCACAAGAUGUCAUUCUCCCUUUGUUUAUUCUGCAUCUCAGUGGAAGCAGGAAGAGGGCUUUGCUCUGUGCAAUUUGGGGGGGGGGCUGGUACAUUCUGACGCUGCGGAAGUGGAUCCUAGACCUGGCCAUGGUAAGUGCUGCAUGGUUCUUUGAAAUUAGGUCCACAUAUGAAAUAGCUUUUUUUUCUGGAUAUCUUGAUCGGUGAUUGUAUUUGUUCUUGGAAGAAUGAACCAUUUGGGUUAGCUCUCAGAACAACCCCAGUUUUCAAAUGAAGCUGUUUCACUUAUGUUGAGCAGCUGGAAAGCAGCGCAGGCAAUAGAGACAAUGAAAAAUAAACAUGUUCUGAGGUGAAGUUGUUAAUUGCAAUGCCUUAAUUAAAACUAGCAAAAGUUUAAAAUGCUGAGAGAAGAUUACCUCUUCAGUCCUAAUGUCAUGUUCCCCAUUCAUAAACCUUUAACUUGAGAGGAAAAGAGCAGAGCAUCAGUCAAAGCAUUUGGAAUAGGAAAUAUUAAGUAUUUCACAAGAUCUUUUUUCGCUUUAGCCAUGGAAUUUUGCAAGAAAAAUACCAUCUGGUAAUGCCCCACCAAGGCGAAGAUGGUAUCUCUGAAGAGAGGCAGUUAGAGUUGGAUGGGGCUGAGCUGCAGCUCCAGGUGCACCAGGUGGUCCAAGGAGCUCCCAGGCUUUCUGCCCACCCUUGCCAGGGGAUCCGGGCACGGCACAGGGCUGGGUGGAGGGCCCCUCUGCCCCUCCAGAGACCCCCUCAGAAGGGCUGCAGGGUGCACACUCUGCUUCCUUCCCUACUCUUUCCCACCCACUGGACUCACGUUGCACACCUUUCUGUCAGUUUUCUCAUGCUUUUCAUGGCUUUGUGCCCAGAGGCAACGCUGCCACGGUCUGCACCAGCCUGGCUGUCAGACCAUGGAGCGAAAACGAAAGACUCAUUUCAGGUCAUUAAUGGCAGCUUUUACCUUACUAUUUGAAGCAGCAGGUUGUGUAUUAACCUGUAAAAUGCUAAAUAAUCUUAGAAACUUAUGGCAAAAAGAAAAAAAAAAAAAGAAAAAAAAAAAAGAGGAAAAAUAGACUGAGGAAAUGAAACAAAGCUGGAUAAUUCACAAGCUUAAGGUAAGGGAAUUUUGUGGACUUGGAAAGCUGGACCAUGAGGUGUCAUUCAAGCUGCAAGAGAGAUGGAACAAGUCAGAAUGUAGCAGUAAAGAGGUUUAAGACAGGUUCCCCCUGCCCUGUUCCCCAUCCAAGAGGAGUGUGUUUCACUUUCUUAAGACAGAAGCAGGGGCAGGUCCUGGGCAAGUCCCUGGCAAUGCAGACCUCGUUGUUUUCCAGUACAUAAACCAUAAUCCUCUCAGUAGCUGGAUUAAAGGCAAUAGCUUUAGGGAAGAUACACAGGGGGACCAAUCUUGUUAACCUUGUCGUUGUCAGGUGGGCAGGAGCAGGUUGCUUGCUGUGAGAUGCAGCAGCAAAGCGCCUUGGGUCCACUGCAGUGUGUGCAAACCAGCACUUCUGUCCCCAGCGCAGCCCCUGCAGCCCCUCUGCCCCUCCUGCAGCCCCUCUGACCCCCCUGCAGCCCCUCUGCAGCCCCUCUGCCCCUCCUGCAGCCCCUCUGACCCCCCUGCAGCCCCUCUGCCCCCCCAGCAGCCCCUCUGACCC